AUGGAACUUAUCGACAACACAUUCUGGCCGUGUGAUAGGGUGCGGAUUUACUCCAUUCCAAUAGGCGCUCGCACAGUUCCAGAUAUGUGGGUUUGGCACCACACAAAGAACGGUAAAUUCUCUGUCAAAUCUUGUUAUCAUAUUGCUUUUAAAUCCAGACUUUCCGACCACUCGACUAGCGGCUAUGCCGGGGCUCAAAGUGGUAGCACACAACAUAAAUGGAAGUUUAUUUGGGAGCUGAACCUGCCUCCUAAGAUUCGGCAUUUUAUUGGGCGAGCAAGCUCCGACAUCAUUCCUACUAGAGCUGUUCCUUGCGGAAAAUUGCUCCUAACUCACAAUGCUUUCGAUGUGGGCAUAUGGUGGAAUCAACGCUCCAUGUUUUUCAAGCUUGUGGGGGCGCUGCGAGAUUAUGGCAACCUCUUCUUACUCGCGCUCACAAUUGCAUGGCGGCUUUGGGGUAUUCGGAAUGACAUUCUUCAUGGAAACGAUGGAACGUCCAUUGAUGAUGUGCUUAGUUGGAGCCAGAUGUAUCUUAAUGAGUUUCACGCCGCUCGGAUUUUGGCACGUAAUACUCAUACUCCAUCGCUUCCGGAUGCUUGGAGGGGUUGGCUGAAAAUUAAUGUUGACGCUGCUCUUCCUCCAGGACAGCAGUUCUUCAUUGCGACUCGACAGGUGCAUGGGCGACCAAAUGCGGAAGAAUGCGAAGCUUUUGCUGCUCUCUUCGCACUUCAAUAUGCUAAGCUUCAAGGAUGGAGGUCGAUUGUGGUGGAAGGCGAUUGCUUGACAGUAAUCAAUGCUCUUAAGGCUAAUGUUGCUUCUUCAGCUCCUAUAGGAGUGUUCGUAGCUGAUUGUUUCUCCCUUAUUAGCUCGUUUGAUUCUUGCGAUUUUUCCUUUGUUAGACGUUCUGGUAAUUCUUUGGCUCAUUGUCUUGCUACUCGUUUUGAUUUAAGUUGUACGGAAGGAUCUAGCCUCCCCUCUAAUUUGGCUAAUUAUGCCUAA